UGUUCAAAUUUCUUGAUCAAAGAUCUAGAUGUCCAAUAUUUCAAAUAUGGUUUAUAUAGUGAUGAUACUUGCCACGUACACUCGUUGCCUUCACUCUAGGCAAUAAACAUUAAAUUAAGAGCUUUAAGUGUAAAAGGGGUGCAGCGCGAAAGAGAAGAGUCGCCAUAGUCUUUCGGAGAACAGUGUCUAAAGGAUAAACGAAAAUGGUGGGGUGCUCGUUGGGAAAUAAAUAUAUUCACCCCACCUUUCAGGACAAAUCUCCCUACUCCUCCUGAAACGUUAGCACGUCGCGCUUCGCUAUCGCACAGAAUCACGGACAAAUCAAACAUGGCGAUUCAGUCGCUGUUUGCAGUGAAGGCAUACGGUUCGUAAAACGGGAGUAGAAGGUAUCAGGUAGUGAAUCAGGUAGUGUUUUUAAAUGGUAAUGAGUACCAGCACCAUUGUGAAUCGCCGAAUUCUGGUUAAUAUUACGAAUAUGGAGGAUCAUGAUGUCAAAACGGUAAUGGAGAAAGUGUCGGGCGGCAUUGAUAAAAUACGUGACGUGAAGGGCGUACAGGCAGAGUCGAUGCCUGCGGCGUCAUCGUUGCACCUUACGGAACAAGUGUCGCUCUCUUCUGGCGAGAACAUCAACAAAAACGACUAUAUCGAUAAGAAAACUUGCUCUAAGCUAUUGUUAAAGAAUUCUGGGAAAUUUGAAAGUGGUAGUGGUAGUGGAGAUCAGGAGGGAGGUCAGCAUGAGGAUGGGAAUGAUAUUGCAGCGAAAAAAAGAAAGACUCGCAGAGGUAAACCUAAACAUAGAAAAUUAAAACCAUAUUCAAAGCAACAGUUGUCAUAUCAACAACAGCUGAGAUAUAGAUCUAGAGGUCGAUUAGCAAAAACUGGUAGACAGCCUCCAGCACCGUAUAAUACCACACAGUUUCUUAUGGAUGAUCACAGUGAUCUUCCAGAUCUUGACCAAAAGCUUUCAGAAGCUGCAUCUUCAGAAUUGCCUACAACAUUUCAGAAACCAUCAGCCCCUUCUCGUACUCGAGAUUCUAGUUUCAGUGUUGAUUCCGACGAAGAUUAUUUUUAUUCGUCUCCAGAAGACGAAGAAGAAUUCUUAACUAAGGAAUUUUCAACUGCAUACGAAGAUCUUCACGCUGAAAGAUUAAGCACAUUAAGUAAAUCAGAACUGAUACAAGAGUAUCUUCAGUUAGAAGCGAAAGUAGAUUUAUUGACAAAACGGUUACGUGGUAAAAAUCUUCAUCAAACAGAACAACGAGACUUGGAAAGCAACAGUAGUAGUAUAGACACAGAAUCAGCAAAAAAGUUAAAAAUCUGUCAGCAACGAAUUGACGAUUUAAUGCAACAGAAUGAACAGUUAAAACGGGAAAACGAAUCAUUAAGAGCCAAAAGGCACAGCAGUCCUGUUUCAAGUGUUGAUAGCGAAAGCGACAGUGAUAGUACAAGUAACGGGAAUAGGAGCAGAUGUAGUUGUCUCCUUCCAAAUUCUAGCUCUUCUUCAGAACUUAUGGGAUAUGUUUCUAGAAGUAAAAAUAGUCAAAGGAAUGGCUCUGUGUCCAGUACUGAUAGUAAAAGUGAUACUUGUGAUAGUAGCUCAAGUGACAAUUCUAAAACAUCUCUGACUCCAGUUAAUCUUUCAAAUGGCCAUGUAAACGUUCAGAAAAUGGACGGUCUCCCUACAUAAAUUACAAAAAGCUGAUUUUACAUAUAAAAAAUCUAUUCAAUGGUUCAAGAGUUAACAUACGAGUCUUAUUAAAUACGUCAUUGGUCAUGCAUAUUUGCUUUAAUCCUAUCGCUUUAGGAAACAAGACUGGUUUAAAUGCAAUAUUAUUGCACUUGUGCAGUGAGAAGUCCUCUUCUUAAUACUAGCAUAUGUAACCUUAGAUCAGGGGUGGCGAAUUGGCGGUCCGCAGGUCGGUCAUGGCCCAUGCCCUUACUUUCUUGAUCGGUGACACGAUCCCUUCCACUGCAUCGAUCUCUUCACUGCAUUGACUGUCAUUGAUUUCAUUGAUUGUCAUUUCGUCAGAUUUCUUUCUCGCCGUGCAUGAGCACUCCCUUAUGAGUUACUUCCCUUGCUUGAUGGGGGAAUCGGCAGAGUGAGUGAGCAGCUCGAGCAGCCGGCUGCGAGGAAGAAGUUCGCCACUUCUGCCUUAGAUUAUCCUUGAAUGUGCCCUUACAAUUUACUUUCCACGUUUCUUUUAAGACUGUUUUGUGUAAACUUAAACAUGUGUAAUGAAGUAGAAAAUACAUACCUAAUCUUAUGGAAGAGUAAAAAUUUAUAUCUGUGCAAAGGUAGAUUGUUAUGUGCUUGAUAAAAUUUGCAAAGGAGUAUAUUUGUGGUGUAUUCUCUAUAAUGAUAUUUCGUCUUCAUUUAGUAUUAAUUAUGAUGCAGUUGAACCAAUUCAUCAUUUAAUAGCUUUCAAUGAACUGCCAUUUGAUGGUACAAAAAUGUAUAAACUUGGGGUUCACAGACCAUCAACUAAUAAAUUAUGAAAUUAGAUGUGAUCAAAGAUGUAAAUUGUAAUGUUACAAAUAAUUGUGAUAUUGUGUACAAUUGUAUAAAUUUAUUAUAUCAAAUUAGGUGUUAGUUUAUGGUCUGAAUAUAUGAUGUGUUAAAGAUAUUUCGCACUUGAAAUAUUUAAUAAAUCUCAAAAUUUCUUUC